GCCUGAAGACCAUGCCGCGGCUGCUGCCGUCGAGGCCCCGCGGCCAGGCAGGGCUCCUGCCGCUUGGGUUGCUCCUGCUGCUGGCUGGCCACGUCGCCCGGGCUCAACACUGGCGAAAUGAAAACUUUGAACGUCCCAUUGACCUGGAAGGCUCUGGAGACGACGACCCCUUUGAAGAUGAAGAAAUUGAAGAAACGGAGGAAUUCUACUCGGGUUCGGGAUCAGGGUAUUUUGAGCAGGAAACUGCGAUCAAGACGGUGGUGCGCCUCACCACAGAUGCCCCCAUCGUCCUGGCGACAACUUCGGCCGUGUUGCCCAUCACAUCUGUGCAGCCUGUUGUCACCCCCUUUGCGCCCUUCCCAACGGAGGAAGCCACCUCCAGUCUGGCGACGGGCAGCCCAUCCACCCCCCGUAUGUCUGAAGCAUCGACGGCCGCGGUCUGGAAAGCGUCCGGCACCACCCCCGGUGCCACCAUCCGUGACGUCACUGCUACCACUACGACUGCCACUACUGCCACUACAGCCUCCACGGCCACUGCUGCGUCCAAGCCAACGACCGUCCCGAGAGCUCUGCCCCCCUUCAUUACCGUCGUAGCCACGACUCAGUCCAUUACCCUUGAAACGCCAACCGCCGCCACCAUAGCCCGGACGGAAGUGACUGCAGCUCCCCUGGCGACCACCAGCAUAACAAAGACCAGAGCUGUGCCAAAGCCCAGCACUUCGCAGGAGCCGGACCGCAGUGAGACAAGCACCACGCUGCUCCCACCUGCAAGUCCCGUGGUACCCACCCAGUCAGCCCAGGCACGCCCUGUGAAUAUGACCCUUUCCACAGCAACAAACAAUGAACUGGAAGUCCCCGUCAGCGGGGACUUUGAAAUCCGCGAGGACGAUGACAACGCAGCUAGGACAGAGCUCAGCAACGAAGUCAUUGCCUUGGUCACCCCGGCAGCUGGGCCAGGCUUGAGGAAGAAUGCCGAGCCGGGGCUCAUAGACAAUACGAUAGAGUCCGGAAACUCAGCUGCGCAACUUCCCCAGAAAAAUAUCCUGGAAAGAAAAGAAGUGCUCAUAGCCGUGAUUGUGGGUGGAGUCGUCGGGGCUCUGUUUGCGGCCUUUCUAGUGAUGCUGUUGAUCUACCGGAUGAAGAAGAAAGACGAGGGGAGCUACACGUUGGAGGAGCCCAAGCAGGCGAGCGUCACGUACCAAAAACCCGACAAGCAGGAGGAAUUCUAUGCAUAAACCAGAACCUUGAGUGCCUCGCAAUCUCUUUCUGACCCGAUGCCGUCCUUUUCUUCUUCUUUUUUUUUUAAAGAAAUGAAACGAAACCAAUCUCUUUCUCUCUCUCUCUCUCUUAUUCACCCAGCCUCUUUCUCUCUUUCUAAUCGAGUCUGUGAAUUUUGACAAGGAGGAUCGAAGAAACCGACCGUUUUUAAAAAGUACCGCACGUUUUUUAAAGAAGGGGUGGGGUGGGGGAAAGAUAAGAAAAGUCGAGUCUUGUUCCGGCGCAGGGAGCAUUUAAAGGAACACCGCUGCGUGGAGCAAACGGGGAGCGAUUUCAGCACCCUCGUGGCUGCCUCCUUUGGAUGAAGGCUUGAGUUAGCAGCUUUGCCGGGGAUGUCCUGGAUUCACACCUCCCUCAGGACUAGAACCUUGACAUUUUUAAAAAACAAACAAUGAGGGGACAGUUUUGGUCUCUGGCACUUUGCAAUACACUUCAAGACAAGGGUCUGACGACGCUGAGUUCAAGUGCCGGGGAAAUGCAACAUCGGAUCGCCCUCCCAGCCAACUCCAUCCACCGCGCUGGAGCUGGGCUUGCGGAUUGCUUCGCUGGAGAUCUCCCGUGGCCUGCAGAGAGCACCUUUUUAUGACUGUGCUUUGCUUCUUUUCCAAGAACGCCUCCCUUCGUCCCAUUGCCAUUCACAACCAGACACUUGAAAGUGAUGCGCCUUGCUGCGGAACCAUUCUAAGCUUGCAGGCUUCCGGUUAAGCCUUUCCCCCCAGAUUUAUUCCGCUGGGUUUCACUGUGACAUUGAAAACUCGACUUCCACAGUAUCGCAAGCUCAGGCAGAUGACCGAGGGACACGUUUUAAGGGUGUUAUUCUUGGGGAAAUGGAGAUACAUGUGCGUGUGUGUGUG